UUUCAUAGCUACAAUGCAAUUAAAAUAGACAUUUCUUAAAGUGAGUGUAAUAUGAUGAUGUGUCUUUCUAUAUGUUUCUUUGGUUGGUACUUUAUAGAUUUUGCAUAUAUUUUUAUGGAUACUAUAUGUUGAUAAUGUUCAGGGUUAAAUGUUCAAUUUUAUAAUAAGUGCAAAUACCGGUUUUUGGACUAGGCUUGUCCUGACUAGAUGUACAUACAUUUAUGAAGAUGAUGUUGCUUGAUGUUGAGAAUGGUGUGUACUAUUAUUAUGAAGACAAGGGGGAUCUUUCAUAGCAAUUCUGCAUUGUGUUUUUACUAUUGUCAAUGAAUUAUGCAGAUACAUGAUGAAGAGUUCAAGUUUCAAGAAAUGGGCUGUGGGAUUUGCACAUGGAAAUGAAGGAAAGGCAACGUUGGAGGUCUGAAGAGGAUGCAUUAUUAUGUGCUUAUGUGAGACAGUAUGGUCCUAGGGAAUGGAAUCUUGUAUCUCAGGGCAUGAACACGCCUCUUAACAGGGAUGCAAAGUCAUGCUUGGAAAGGUGGAAGAACUACCUCAAGCCUGGCAUCAAGAAAGGCUCUCUAACCGAAGAAGAGCAGUGUCUUGUGAUAUGGCUUCAAGCGAAACAUGGCAACAAGUGGAAGAAAAUCGCUGCAGAAGUUCCUGGUAGAACUGCCAAGAGGUUAGGCAAGUGGUGGGAGGUGUUCAAAGAGAAACAACAAAGGGAGAAACAAGAGAUUCACAAAGCAAUUGGCCCAGUUGAUGACACCAAAUAUGAUCAUAUACUAGAGACUUUUGCUGAGAAACUAGUGAAAGAACAACACCCUUCACAAUCACCCUUUAUGUACAGCUGUCCAAAACUGCAAAACAGAAUGCACAGAAAAUAUUGUACAACUAGCUUCCUUCUAGAAUACGGGCAUCUGUAUCCCCUGAUAAUGGAUGACAUUGAGGCAAAGAUUAAGGCUCUUUGGGUGGAACAGAAUGCUGCUUUGGAUAGAAUUGAAUCAGAAUGCAGAGAACAGUUAGCAGGGAUGAGGAGAGAUGCAAAAAGCAAGGAGCAGAAGUUGGCUGAGCAAUGGAAUGCAAAGCACAUGAGGGUAGUGAAAUGUAUGGAGCAAGUAGGAUGCAGAAUGCCACAGAUUGCUGAGCCUAAUGGAAGAUAAGAUUAAAGACAUCACUCAGAAAUUUGCUCUUUAUUAGGUAUAUUUGUUUUGACGUUUGA